UUAAUUUGUGUAUUAAUUCUAUGAUUGAGGACCGAUAUGAUUGUUGUAAUAAGAGAAUAAAACAAAACAAGACAUAAACAUCGAACUCUAGACGAUCUGGGGAUCAUUGUCCUUUAAAUUUCAAUGGUCAGUUGUUUGUUGUUGGUAAAAAUAGUUUGUUGUGAAGAAUUUUAACGGUUUAUCUUUUAGAGGUUUAAUUAUUCGUUAUCAGUCUUUACUCAGUACAAUGUGUCUGUACCGUUUCGGGAAUGAAUUUAAGUGAAAUUUGGGAUCGACUUAGGCAAGGCCUCAGAAGAAGAACCGCUUAUUUGAACACAAUCUUUGACAGGUGGCGUUACAGCCGUUACCAUCAAUCACGUGAGAAGUGUUUAUUUAUUUUUGAUUUAAAGUUGGUUCUUCAUUUUUCUAUUGAACAUCCAGUAGUAGACAAUUUUAUAGAUUUAAUUGCAUUUAUUAUAAUAUUUUAAUGUAACAAUUAAAUGAUUUAUGAAUUUACUACAAAAAACCUCACUUCAAAAGCAAAGCCACUGUCCAGUAACACACUGUACGCGUUCGUAUCAGUAUCGCAUCCAUCCCGUAUCAGAAUAUCCUUUCUUAUCUUCACGUGUUUAUCGAACCAUCACACCCUGUGCGGCUGUUGCUUCAGUCGGGUUUUACUUUCCACUCAGUGAACACGCACCAAAGUAUGUCCGAAUUAGUGAGCUAUCGUGCAGGUAUCCUGGCGGGAAAGGUAGAAGAUCCUGCGGGUGAGGAUUCGAAUGCCGAAGAUAACGAUUUCAGCAGUAUACUGGAGUCGGAACCUGGUGAACAAAACUAUCCCUGCCCGAGACCGAAUGCCGGUUACACGAGCUUAAUGGUGUAUCAAGAGAGUAAACCAUAUCCUCCAAAGGAGAUACAUGCACAAGAAACUAUACAAAUUCAAAGACAGGACAGUGAUUCAGCAGACCAAAAAGAACCGUCCAACAAGCAGCUUAACGCAGAGCUGAGCAGCUUCGUGCAGAAGAAAUCUUUUGCCCAAAACAUGAUGGACAUUGCACUGCUGUCCGCGAACACCAAUCAGCUACGAUACGUGAUCGAUCUGGGGGACAAGCAUCCGUACUACAUGACCAGCUUGCUACUGAUCAUAGUUAGUUUGGUGAUGCAAAUUGUAGUCGGAUUGUCUAUGGUUUAUUUAAACAGGUACAACAUGAAGAAUAAGAGAGAAAUGAAAGCGGCCUCACACAUGAACAACCUGUCGGUGGCGGGUGUGUUCCUGGUGACGCUCGUGAACGUGUUCAUUUCCACCUUCAACGGUGCUGGAGUUGGACCGAUCGCUUCGACAGAUCAUCUCACUGUGCCACAAAAUGCAACUAACCAAACCAUGGAGCAUACUCCAUACACGGAACAUCACAGUCCGUAGAGACCUGAUAGGGAACUGGUGUAGUUAUAAAGUCUGCCAUUGUUCUGUUGGAUAGUAGUUUAAUACUUGUACAAGCUUAUCUUAUCUGCUCGAAUUAUAAAACAUGUAGAAUUAAUUUCUGACACAAAUAUUAAGUACAUUAAAUAAAUACAGACAUCGACCGUACCAAAAACCGGCUACAAAUGGAAGGAAUGUCAAAUGUUUCGAUAAGAAACCUGUUUCUUAAUCGGUAAACCUUUUUUUUCCUUAUCGAUAAAUCUGUUGGCUACGGAUAAAAGCGCACAUGUUCAAACAGUCGUAAUCUUGAGCUGACGCUGGUCGGUAAUCCAUUUGGGUAAAGAAAACUUUGCCAAGAAAAUGAAAGGUAUGUAGCAUACCAUGCAGAAGGUUAGAUAGAAAAUAGAGAUAAUUUUUAAAAUUUAUUUUAAAGUGUGUGAGAUUCAAAAUUAAAAGA